UUUGAAGCUUCCUUGAAUCAUCAUCAGGAUAACUAAAUUUUUAUUUUUCACUUCAAAUUCAAAACUAAUCAAUCAUGAGUUACCUUAACCGCGUUUGGGUAGCCACAACUGUCGCCGUCGUAAACAGCCACGCCGAUCACGGCCAGAAAUUGAAAUCCGGCAUCCAAUCUCUAAACCACGGCAAAAAACGAUUCUCUUCUUCUGUCGCUUCCGGCGCCGACGUUGCCGGUCUCCGGCCGAUGUCCGGUAUGUUAGGAUCUGACGUCGGAGGGUUCAUCGGAGGUGGAAAAGGCGAGGAGAAGAGGAAACAAACUGAUGAGUCACUCCGGCAAGUUAUGUACCUAAGCUGCUGGGGGCCAAGCUAAGGUAUGGUGGUAGAUUGGAAGUCUCCCGUUCCAUUUUAGGUGGCUAGAAGUCGCCGGCGACCGUAGCGGGGAGUGAGUUGACCGAGUUGACUCGUAUCGGAGGGCGAAUGAACUGAAGUUAACUCGGCCGAUCCCGUUUGGCACUAAUUGCAGUUUUAAGACUCAGAACUACGACCUCUAAUUGUAAAUUGUGUAUAUCCUAGUUUAACUAUUGUAAAAUUAACUACUUUUGAGCCUUUUGUCUCGUAUCAUAAUGGAAAAGGGAAAUAAAAAUGUUUACCAAACAA